AUGUUAGUCAAAGAGCACACAGAGGCCCAUGGGGCUUAUGUCUCUGAGCAGCCAAGUCCUCGUGCAGUUGCAUUUGAGGAGAAGGAGGUUUUCAAGAAGACGGAUUCUGGGGUCAAUUUCCGCGAGGUGGGUUGGUUCAAUGCGGGCGUGAUUUUCAUCAAAAUUCUUUUUGCAACAGGGGUGCUUUCGCUGCCAUCGGCGCUGUACUCGUUAGGUGCGGUGGGAGGAUCAAUCAGUAUUGUGGCCUGGGGAUGCUUCAACACUUACUGUUUUGUAAUUCUGGGCAACUUCCGUAUGAAACACCCUCACUGCCACUCGAUUGCCGACAUGGCCCAGGUUGUCGGGGGCAUUGUUGCCAAGGAACUGACUGGUCUGCUCUUCAUCAUUGCCUAUGUACUGGUGACGGGCAGCGGCAUAGUUGGCGUGUCAACGGCACUGAAUGCUCUUUCGCACCACGCGGCCUGCACGGUCUGGUGGUCAUUCCUGGCCGCGGUUGUGAUUGUCGCGACUGCCUCCAUCCGCAAACUUGAGCAUGUCGGCUGGCUGACCUAUGCGGGAUUCCUGUCCAUUUAUGCUGCUGUGCUCAUUGUCGUGAUCGGGGUGACCACCCGAGACCGGCCAGCAGCUGCACCGCAAGAGGGACCAUACGAGCUGGGCUUCGUCGCUGUCAACAACCCGGGUUUUGCCGCCGGUAUGGUGGCCUCCUGUACCAUCUUUGUCUCCUCGGCCGGCACCAGUGCCUUCCUGCCAGUCAUCUCGGAGAUGCGGAACCCGAAAGACUAUAAGAAACCGCUGUAUUUCUGUAUGGCCCUGGUGACUGCAUCGUACCUCGCCUUUAGCUUGGUUGUCUAUCGCUGGUGUGGGAAGUGGGUUGCAAGCCCAUCGCUGGGGAGCGCAGGGCAAACGAUCAAGAUGGUGUCUUACGGCGUUGCACUGGUCGGAUUGAUCGUGAGCGGCGCCCUCUACCUGCAUGUCGCUGCCAAGUACGUCUUCGUACGGAUCCUGGGGAAAUCGCGCCACCUGCAGACCAACACCGUCAUCCAUUGGGGCACCUGGUUUGCCAGCACGAUCAUUCUCGGCGCGCUGGCGUUUAUUCUAGCGGAAGCGAUUCCGAUCUUCAAUUAUCUAAUUGCGCUCGUGGGAUCGGUGUGUUUCGCCCCCCUUGCCAUGAGCCUUCCUGGUUGGUUCUGGUUGUACGAUCACGGGCACUACAGGAAGGGGACGUUGAUUCAGAAGCUUGUCUACCUGCUGCAUUGCGGCAUGGUGCUUCUGGGGCUCUUCUUCCUGGUUGGGGCAACGUACGGCGUGAUCAUUCAGAUCAUCAAUGCAUAUAGCUCCGGAGCGAUUGGAUCGGCGUUUAGUUGUCUCGAUAACUCGAAUUCGUCUUGA